AAGCUUGUUCCUACUCAGGAGAGAAGAUACAACAAUAAAUAAAUCGACCGUUGUGGAGGUCGUCGUCGUGCCACUUCUGCACCACCGGCACGGAAGACCAACAGGUAGGUGCGGCAGCUGUAGUAUGGAAAUUCCAGUCAAGGAGCAGUAGUUUCUUCUUCUUCUUCUUCCUUUUUCUACGACCCGGAGGAUUUCUGACCAACUGACUGUAAGAACUUCUUCGUCUUCUCUUAUGCAAAAUAAGACCCGAACGCCGCACGACUAGACGUGGUCAGCGAUUUGAAAUUGAAAAGAAGAAAAAAAACUGUUCUUGACUUCGGUUUCUCGUGCAAGGGAGUUGGGUAUUUUUUUAUCGAGGAUAACCUAUCUAGAUCUGUACAUCUACAUCUCUCAAUGCUUUUCUCUACAAACAUCUUCUCACAAUUAUGAAUGCAGAAGCUUGUAUAUUGGUCUAAUAUCGAUCCGGUCACGAGGAGUACGAGCACUGUUCUCCUUCUGAUACAGUACUAACCGGAUCCGCCAGAUCCAAUCGCAUCCGAUAUAUUAUCGGAGCCUGCGUUUCGUCGCGACCUAGUACGUUUCGUCGCGCACACGUCGCGUUUUCAACUAUCCGGAGUUUUCACGCAACAGAAAAAACGACAAAAAUCACAAAACAGAACAAAAGCAAAAAACCUGAAAAACAAAAAAAAAGCAAAAAACGAAAAAAAAAAAUCGCUGCGCUCUUUUGCCUUAAUUUUUUGUCCGAAGCUUGGAGCUCCGUCUCUGACUGGAGAUUCAAGAUAAAAAUACACAAUGAAAUAAAAGACAGAACCCUAAUAUGACAAAGCGUACUUCUUAUCGUUAUUCUCUUAAUACAGAUCCUGCGUACUUCUUUAUCGUUAUUCUCUUACGUUGUUUCUCCAAAAAGAAGAACCCAAUCCCAAAAGCUCUCCAGACGUACAAGCCUGCUCGUCGAAGGUCUACAUUAAAGGCCAACGACCGCGGCACAAAAAAUUCUGCAGAAGAGCUUGAUACUUAGGAACAAAAUAAAGCUUUUUCUCAAAUGAAAAUGCAAAAAAAUCAAACAAAAUAAAAAAAAACAGCCCGCUGCUGGGUGAAGCCUCUGCUGCUAAUCCACUAAAAAAAUCUACAACUGGGCGCUUUAAGAAUAAAAAUAGGCCUAGAGAUUGACAUGAGAUUGUGCCUUGUUCUUUGAUUAGUACAAUAUCAAAAUCUGGACUCCACCACCACAUCAAUGUUGAGAGCUGCCCGCUUAUCCCGUACCUACCGCUCGAUUUGGCUACUGCGUAAGUAUAGCAGAAGCAGCAGAACAAGAACUAGGUGUGAAGUAGACUAAGCUUAAGUAGAAGAACGAAGGAGCGGAACUCAUUUGGUGCACCUUUCUAGACCCCGAAGCUUCCAUAACAGCUUUGUCAUGGUUUCUUUACUGUAGUUGUUGUGUCACUUCAUGUCAGUAUGGAUUUCCAGCUUCCCCGGAGUGAGGCCGGAGCCUGUCUAUCUAGUGCAGCACGUUGUGACACAGUUGUUUGUGAGGUUUUUACCAAAUAUUUGUGCGACUUCUUAUGGCUGCUCUCCUUUUCGCACAGAUCAAAAGAUGACAAGAAAUACACGCACAGUGGCAUCCACGUGAUUCUUUGGAGGGUAUCUUGAUCUUCAUCUGUAAUGUUUGAAUCUGCACUAGGCAGGCUAAGGAGUAGUUUCAUGAUGACAGCAUGUGCAAGUUUCUCAAGAGAGUUAGUAUUUGACUAUUUUUGUGCAGCAAGUGAAGCAACAGCAACGAAAAAAAAAGCCUCAAGUGGAAGAUAAACUUGGUAGAAUUUCUGCUCUACCGCUGAGGGUGUGCUUCGCCCUACGGUCCCCCCAUAUACUCACCUUGUUGAUGCGGCAAGCUUCUGCUUUCUAUUUUUUCUUUGCGCAUUCUCUCGCGAUUGCGCAUUCUCUCGCAAUCUCGCAUAAGAACUACAAACGCAAAACUAAUAGAAAUAGGGAUAGCAAAUGCAGCACCAGUUGCAGUUGCAGCGUCAUCAAUAGCGACAGAAUCUCACAAAGAAAAAUUGUAUUUCACGAAGGAAAAGAAAAAUCUAGCGACAUCAGUCAACAACAGCACGGCAGUACUACAUCAGCUUUUUUUCCAUCGCUCUGCAAAGAUGUAGCGCUCUGCAACGCUCUGCGAGUUAGCUGCACUCUACCAGCACGAAAGUGUUUUAGUUUGGAGCGCCAGCGCCCUGCGAUGCUUCUUCUCCCGAAGAAGCUCGCGGAUGCUGCUGCGUUCACAGCAGGAAAAAACUGUCAUAGGUGAAGACGAUUUUCCUGAAUGAAGAGCGAGGACACUAAAAUAAACAAGCGCUAGUACACCGAAAAUCCACGCCCUCACAGUUCUUCUUGCCGAGCUGCUUUGUAUUGAAGAUGAAACGUGCUACAUGAACGGCAAGAAACGAUUACAAAUAUUAACGAGGCCAAAAUGUACUACAGCGGACCCACACCUACUUGUUUACUUGUACAGCGUCGCAUCUUAACGCAAGGUGAGCAAGACGCAUUUUCAAUUUACUAUCGACUUGGGAGUCGACGAGGGGUGCAUAAUAAAACAUACGUGCCAGCAUCAUAACUAAACAUAAAGAUGACCCAGCAGAGCGACUUUCUUGUGUCGUUCUUGGGACUACAAGGCCCUGUUACACUCAUAAGCACUAUGCUUGCCUCCUCAAUAAAAACCGCGAUGACCAACUCGUCGUACACCACAACAGUAGACGCCAACGUCAAAAACAAAGAG